CCCUCCUCUCCCUCUCCCGCUUCCUCUUCUCUUCUUCCUCUUCCUCUUCCUCUCUUCCUCUCUUCUUUUCCUCCUCAUACCACUUGGUUCCUUGAUGCUAGUAUCGUUUCCAUGCGCUCUACGUUCGUCAAGAUGUUCUCUCGUGCGUUCUCCUCUGUCCCCAUGUUUUCUUCUCUUUUUUCUUCUUCUUCUUCGCCGAAGAAGGGUCCGGUACGCCCUUCUGAAGCAGCCACUCCUUUGACUUCUCUUGUGCAGCCAGUCACUCGUGUUUUGUCUUCUGUUUUGUCUUUCUUUAAGCCUGUGCGCUCUCUCGAAGGCGCGUCCCCUCGUUCAAUUUUGGUGAAGGGCGAUGUCCGCAAGGACAAGCCAAAGAAGAAGGUCUCAUGGGUGGAGACAAACACAGUCCUUACCGUCGAUCGUUGGCUCGUUCCAGGCGUUAACGUCUGGAGCGACGAGGAUCUUACAGAUCCGUCCAUUCAUGAAUUUGAUGUGGGGUGUACUCCUCAGAGUACCCCUGUCCGCUCUUUUAACCCUCAUAUAUUGGGGGCUUUUGCUCUGCUUUAUCUGGGCAUGUCUCCCCUCCUGACAGUCUUUGUCAAGUCAUUCUUUUGAGACUGCCUUUUCUUCUCUGUCCGACCUGGUCACUCCUUCGUGUCUGUGCUGCCACUUUCUUCAUAGGCAGCUUAUUCUGUCCGACCUGGUCACUCCUUGCUGCCAGUUUCAUCUUUCUUGUUUAUAUGUGGCUCACUUUGUCAGACCUGGUCACUCCUUGCCACUCUGUGUUUCUUUUGUACCCACACUCUUUUGUGCCUGGUUGUACCGGAACCAGAGCAGGUAUCGCUUACUGUGCAGCAGAUCGAACGGCUCGCGUUGAUCCCUAUCCGAGGUUGAUCGUGUCACCGGACACUUGACUUGUGUUGUG